AUGAAAAAGAUCCGGCGAUGGCUGCUCCUGUUUGCGGUCAUAAUUGCGCUUAUGGUCCGGGUGGACGGCUUGAAGGCAACGUCGUUGAUCUUUGGCCGCGGUCCAGCCACCUCAUCGACGACUACGACCACCAGCACAACGACCGUCGCCACGUCGACCACAGAAGAAUCUGCCGAGGCUGAAGAUGAGGCCGUCGAUCAAGGCGAUGAUGGAGCGACCAAGGCCCCUCUUACCGGCAUACCGCAGGUCGACUACGUGUGGGAUCCCAAUUUGCCUCGCGAAUUGCGAGGGUACAACUUGUCCAAUUAUCCCUUCCUGGAUUCGGUGCCGGCUGAAGAGGACAUCGGCUUCACGUGUGAUCCGAAGCUACACGACGGGUUCUAUGCCUCGAUCAAGUACAACUGUCAGCUGUACCAUCACUGCAUUCAUGGCAUACGGUACGAUUUCCUGUGCGCCAACUACACGGCCUUCGAUCAGAAGACUUUCAUCUGCCAUUUCGCGUCGGAGGUGGACUGCAAGAACUCGCCCAAAUACUGGUUCAGGAACGAGCCCUUGUACAAGGCGACGACGACGACAACGGUGAAGCCUCCUCCUACGACCUCGACGACGGCAGCUCCAUCAACGGCGGCUCCGAGACCGAAACCACUGCGUAAACCGGUCCGCAGGAGACGUCCUCAGGUGGACUACUAUUACUACGACGAGGACUACGAGGAGGACUACUACGAGGAGCGCAAUCGGCGUCGCAAGAACCGUCCACGAAACCGCCGUCCGCUUUACGACGAUUACGAAGAGGAUGAGCGAUUCGAGCGCGUCCGGUACCGCGAACGAGAGCGCGAUCGUGACGAAGAAGAGGAAGAAUAUGAGGAUCGUCGACCAUAUCGACCGAUGAAAACUCGCAACCGCAAUGGUGAUCGACGUCCAGCCGUUGAAGAUGAUCGACGAUACUACGAGGAUCGACGACGUGAUCGCGACCGGCGUCCUCUGGCGGAUGAUAGGCGCCCUCUAGCGGAUGAUAGGCGUCCGCUAGCGGACGAUCGUCGCCGGGUGGAAGACAUCGUGGAAGAAAAGCGCCCAGUGAUGCAGAACGAACGACGACGUGUGCCUCGUCCUUCAGCUGAUCGGCGUCCGAUGGGAUCGUCCUCUCUCGAUGAUCGUCGCUCAUUUCCAGCCGACGCCGAGAGCCGUCGUGGUUCGGUAGCGGAUGAACGGAAAGUGCCCGUAAAGCGCCCUCUAUACGACGAUCGUCGGUACCAAGAUGACGAAGAGGCUGAUGACUACGACGCACCUGCACCAUCGUACGCGGGUCGUCGCGGUUCGGACAAGCAACAUCGGCAGCAGAACGAUGUUGUAACCGUGAAACCGGCCGGUUCGAGCAUUUACGAUCGUCCUCGAGCAGCUCCACGCAUCAACCGGCCUGUGCCACUCAACGAGAAGAGUAAAUACGCGUACGGAAACUCGGACGCACCGAAGGGCGCUCCAGCUAGAUCGGCUUCCACAACGUCAGCGCCACCAUCGGAACCAGAGUACUACGAUGACUACGAGGAUGCACCAGCUCGGCGUGACGAUAAGCGGAAGGACGAAAAAACGGACGCCGGAAAACCACCCCGACCAAGUGCCUCCUCUGACGUCGUGUACUACGAUGACGUAAUCAUCGCCAAGGAGGACCUUCCGUUCCGGGCUGUUCCGGGAAACGUGCGCAAGCCGGAACCAGCCGGCGAGCGAGUCAAUAGUCGGGACAACUCGGAGUUAGCUAAAGGUUCACGCGGCUCUGCCAAACACGUCAGCAAGUUGAACCGCGAUGUUCCACCACCAUCACCACCCUCGGAGGAUCUCGAGGAGGACGAACCGGAGUAUGGAGGUCCUUCAGUGCGGCCAUCCGUUGUCGCUCGACCACAAGCGGUUUCGAGUCUGUACGGGAACUUUAAGUCGAAAAAAGGACCCGUUAGUCAGCGAGAGCCUUCGCCUUCGAUUGAACCUAGCAGCAGUAGCAGCAGCAGUACUUUGCGAUCAGGACCAAUGCGCUCGACGAAGCGGCCAUUUCUACCGAGCCGUGGAGGCAACCCUUAUCUAGCGCGGGGUCUACAACCCGUGGGGGUAGCAAAGCAGCCACCUUCCUCUCCACCACCACCACCACCACCGCCACCCUCCGCAUCCCCUGAGCCCGAGAAACCGGCCCCAUUCCGUAUCGACCUCGAUGGGCCUGCCGGAAGUGCGGGAAAGCGGAACCAGCAGCAAGUUCCACCACCGCCGCCACCACCGGAAGUGGUCAACGUGAAGACGCUCGAUCAGCUGUACGACGAUGAGUACGACGUAACGCUCAAUGACGCCCUCAAUCCGACCUUGAAACCCCUCACCCGCAGCGCCCCACAACACUUCUUCCGCAAUCGGUACGUCCAUCAACCGGAUGCGGAUUUCGUGCCCUUCGAGCCGGCUUACGCGCCCUCCGAAUUCCGCAGGACGGCCAUCCGGGCCCCGGCCCCAGCCUCGCUGCUUUACCACGCGCCGGUUGCCAUCGAGACGGGUGCCCCGUCCUCCUCCUCCUCCUCUUCCUCCGCCCAGCGUCGUGGAGCGCAGGUGUUUGGCGCGUACGAGUACUAAGGGUGUCGCCCGUUUCGGGGCGACCCUAAAAUCCGAUCCUUUCUCAUCCCCCGCUGGAAAUGAUGUAAUUUAUUUUGAAACUCCCUUUCCUCCCUCGUUCACCCCAUCCGUCCCAUCCCAGCGCUUCCGAAGGGCGUACGGAACUCAGCAAAAAGAAGAGCAAACGAAGCACUCGAAGGAAGGACGAGGAUUCCACCCCACGGCUGAGCGAUUGGAUAUUUUCUUCUGUUUUGUAAAUACUAUUAGAACCGCAGAUCCGGAUGCGCGCCGGAAAAAAAAUACUCAACCAACGAGGACGAAACGGUGAUAAGCCCUUAUUUGCAAUGGUAGAUGGCGGAAACAACGAUGAAUAAAGAAUAGAAAUUUGCAGGCAUUAUAGAGCGAUGAGUCGCGAAGGCAGAGCGAUAAAAAAAACCAUCCGGAGCGUGUGGUCGAAGAAACGAUGGACGAUAGUUAAGUGAGCGUCUCGAGGCGUCUGUAAGCAAUGCUUUGAGUCCUUUUUGGCAGGAGGGCAAUUUUGCGAUUCGAGUGGGAGCGAAAACAAAGCAGCGAAUAAAAAAAAGCUAAACCGACCGAAGUGAGCUGAAAACCGGCAUGUAUAAAGCGAUGCAGAUGAUGGGCCUGGUUUCGCCAGCGUACGUUAAGGACUACUCUUCUCUUCUCUUUAUAUUGGUAUACAAAAGCGAGCCACCAUAACUCAAGGGCGCGACGAUAAUGUUAGGACGUGAGAUGUAGAUGAUGAAGAAAAUAAAAUUUUCUUUUAUA